AUGAUGAAGAUGGGAAAUCUAAUUAAGAAAUUGCUAUUUGAUGAAUACGAGGACGUUCGUGACAGACAAAUGGAGAAGGAAGCAGGCAGUGAAGCAGGAAAGCUAGCGUUGUUCUCGUGCUUAAGCUUAAAGCAAAGCGUUGCGCACAACACAACAAUACAUAACAUAGCACCAGAAAACAAGGACUACGAGGGGCCUCAUUCUCUGCUUCUGGUGACGGCUCUGUCGCAUAUGCUUUUGCUAGAACUUUCCAUGCACCAGUUAUCGUCUGAAAUUAGGAUAAGCCAGCGCAUGUCUUGCUCCAUUAAACUUAAACUAAUUAUCAAAAAGUUCGUAUCUGAUCUCAAUGUUCCGCGCUACCAGCAGUUUCAUCUCCUCACACCACUCCCCAGCCUUCUACUCUCUCCUCUCGUAUUCAGACUUGUGCUCCUCUUCUUCACUUCAUCUGGCGCAGCUCCAUUGGCUCCUACUUACAGCGUGCUUAAUUAUGGAGCCAAACCAGAUGGCAAUUUUGACUCAACCCAAGCCUUUGUUGCUGCAUGGACUUCGGCUUGUGGUUCCAUAAACCCCGCAACCAUUUACGUCCCCCUAGGGAGCUUUUUGCUGCGCAAUGUGGUGUUCCGUGGCCAGUGCAAGAACAGUGCUAUUGUGUUUCGUAUUGAUGGCACGCUUGUGGCUCCAUCGAAUUAUAACAUUAUUGGAAACACCGGAAAUUGGCUUAUCUUUGAGCAUGUGAACGGGGUUUCCAUUUAUGGUGGGAUACUUGACGGUCAAGGCGCUGCCUUGUGGACUUGCAAGAGGUCAGGCAGAGGCUGUCCCAGCGGCGCAACGUCUUUGGGAUUCAGCAAUUCGCGGAACAUUGUAAUAAAUGGAUUAACACCGCUAAACAGCCAAAUGUUCCAUAUCGUCAUCAAUGGUUGCAGUAACGUAAAAGUGGAAGGUGUAAGAGUGUCUGCCUCUGGAAACAGCCCAAACACUGAUGGCAUUCACGUGCAAUCUUCAAGCGGUGUCACCAUCCUCAACUCCAGAAUUGGAAUGGGGGAUGAUUGUGUCUCAAUUGGCCCUGGCACCAGCAAUCUGUGGAUUGAGAACGUUGCAUGCGGACCUGGCCAUGGGAUCAGCAUUGGGAGUCUUGGCAAGGAAUUUGAAGAGCCUGGUGUGCAGAAUGUGACAGUUAAAUCUGUUACGUUUACCGGUACUCAAAAUGGGGUGAGAAUUAAGUCUUGGGGGAGACCUAGCAGUGGUUUUGCUAGAAAUAUACUUUUUCAGCAUGCAGUCAUGACUGAUGUCGAAAAUCCUAUUCUGAUUGAUCAGCAUUACUGCCCUGACGAGAAAAAUUACCCUGAUCAGGUUUCGGGAGUUAAAAUUAGUGAUGUUACGUACCAAGACAUCCAUGGAACAUCAGCAACAGUAAUUGCACUGAAGUUUGAUUGUAGCUCGAAGAAUCCCUGCACUGAUACAAGGCUGGAUGACGUGAAGCUCACCUACAAAAAUAAACCCGCAGAAGCAGCCUGUAGUAAUGCUGAUGGAACAGCUUCUGGUUUGGUUCAGCCCUCAAGCUGCUUGUAG